CGUGUAAAUUGCACAGAACACAGAGCCAAAAUUGGCAAAAUUUAUUUUCGGUUUGCGUUUCAAUCGUUCACAACGCAAUUAUGACAAGAAUAAGCCGUACAAGAGAUUUAUUUCUCUUCUUUAUGGCAGUCAUUUACCUUGCUGCAUUUUGUUCCUUAUAUGUACAAAUUCCUGGUCUGUAUGGUGAAAAUGGAAUUUUGCCAGCAAAAUCAGUAAUUGGUAAAGAAGCAGACAGUUGGGAUGACUUGCUUGACUCGCAGCCCACUUUACUAAAGCUCACACCAAAGCUUGGCCUCAGUGUUCAGCAAGGGAUGGACUUACUAUGUAUGGCAGGCAUGGUGGUAUCCUUCCUUUGUGUUGUGUGCAAAACUAUGAGAGAUACUGUCUCAUUUAUACUGCUUUGGAUGCUUUACUUUUCGCUCUACCAGGUUGGACAAACAUUUCUUUGGUUCCAGUGGGAUAUUUUACUGUUGGAGGCGGGUUUUCUGACUAUACUGGUGGCACCAUUUAAUCUACAGAUACCAGUUAAGAAAUUCAGAUUGUCAUUUUACCACCAGCAUGACAGUAUCACACUGUGGUUGGUCCGGUGGUUGCUGUUUCGACUGAUGUUUUCGUCUGGUGUCGUCAAACUCACCAGUAAAUGUCCAACAUGGUGGGGUCUAACUGCAUUAAACUGGCACUUUGAAUCUCAAUGUAUUCCUACUCCAUUGGCAUGGUGGUGGCACCAUUUACCACACUGGUUUCUACAGCUGAGUGUAGUAAUGACCUAUGUUAUAGAAAUAGCUAUACCAUUCCUGUUCUUUGCUCCAGUACGGUCACUACGUCUGUUCUC